UGAGGAUGGUACAUUUGACGAAGAGAAACGACAAACGAUUAUUCUGCAAGCUAUUGGUGUGAAUGUAGCCAUCCCUUUCCCCAUCUACCAGUCCGUAAUUUUGGAAUUGGAUUGCUUGUCCGAAGGGAGAAUCCUUCGCUUUAAAAUGAAUACGGAUCGUGAGACCUCAUCGUUCCAGCCCGUCCCAUUUUCAGUGGAAGCAUCGUCACAGCAAAGUCGGACGGCCGGUGAAGACGAUCCGAAUUCACCACGCGGUAGCACCAGUCGAAGUGGAGGUUCCUGGACAAUUCUCAGCAGUCGGGCUUCCGCAGACAUUCCCUUGUCGGUACCACAACAAUUCUUGCCACAGUUCCAUUCACCAGCUUCGUCGGCGUUGCCGAUUCCAGAUUGCGAUUUCGACGACUGGACGGAACAUUCCCAACCAGCAGUUGAUGUCGCUCUCAGCAGCUGGCAGGAGGAAGCGCACUGGAUGUCAUUUCGGAACGCGGUUAAUGUAUUCGUACAAAAACGCGGGAGGCGACGAUCACCAAACUCAAUAUCUUACAGUCAGUAUCUCGACAGCCAACCGACGACACGAGAUGUAUCCCAACAUCAGCACGAUACUGAUUCGGAUGUUUCCUCUCUGGGGCAACAACUUCUACAGUACGGUUUGAAUCGAACGGAAAUUUCGACAAAUGAAUCCCCGUCAAAUCAACCUGAGACCCGCAUACAACAAGCGUUGGCACAAGCUGAAGCUGACGAACUGGAAUUCGCGGAAUUGAUAAAACAGAAUGCACAGCACUGAAAUGUGUACCAAUCCUGACGCAAUGUCCGGUUUCCGCAAUCUGUAUUUCAGGGCAAGGCGUAGGACUGGAGGGUAUUCACGUCCUGAUUCCGUACCUAAUGUCCU